GGAUGUAGUAAGAACUCAGAAGGCCAACAUUCUCUGAAACACUUCCAGACAGCACGCACAGAACCUCAUUGCAUUGUUAUCAACCUCAGCACAUGGAUCAUAUGGUGUUAUGAAUGUGAUGAAGAGCUGUCGACACAUUGCAACAAAAAGGUUUUGGCUCAGAUAGUUGACUUUCUUCAAAAACAUGGUUCCAGGGCUGAACCAAGUUCAUCAAAAAUCAUCCGACUCCGUGAAGAAAACAGUGAAACAAGUGAAAUACUGAAAGGAAAAAGUUCUGGUAAUGGUGCAUCAGUUCCAGUUAAAGGAAUAAAUAACUUAGGAAAUACAUGCUUUUUUAAUGCUGUCAUGCAGAACUUGGCACAGACUCACAUACUAAAUGAACUGAUGUAUGAGAUGAGGGAGAAAGGAACAAAGUUAAAAAUCUGUCAUACUUCAGACUCCCAAUUGGAUCCUUUGGUGGUAAACCUCUCCAGCCCAGGACCCUUGACUUCAGCGAUGUUCUUGUUCCUUCACAGCAUGAGGGAGGCUGGAAAAGGUCCUCUUUCUCCCAAGGUGCUGUUCAGCCAGCUUUGUCAAAAGUACGUAUU